UCAAGAUUUAUGUGUGAAAGAGAAGGAUAGAAUCCAAACAACAACCAAAACAAGAAGCAAGUGAAAACUCAUCAUCUUCCCGACAAGCCCACAUUCCCUCUCUUCAAUCUAGAGUGAGAAACUGAAAUACUUUAGCUUUGUUUUUUGAAGGUCAAUAGGCUGAAACAUGGUGGGAAUUUUUUCAAGAUUUUCUAUCAGUAAAGCUGGGCAUCGGCGGGCGCAAAGUGCACUCGAUCAAAGGGAAGUAUUGCCCCCGAGUUCUGAGGCAACUACUGCUGUUACUUUAGCUACCGCUGCCUCUACUGCGACCCAUGGGGAUGAAGUUGCAGUUCAGUUUAAGCCAGUUGAAUACCCAGCUGAGCCUCCUGACAAUGAUCAACCAGUCCAUUGUCCACUUCCAGAACCAUCAAUUCUAAAUGUAAGCUUGAGUAAUUUCUUUUGAACCUUUAGAAUUUCCACUAUAAAUGAAAAGGUAGUGCAAACCAAAUGGCACGCUACUUCCAUUCAAAAAGCUUCGUGUUGUUCAGGUUCCCAAUGUUUGCUAGAGGAUACGUAUUUCUAAUUCUACCUUACGUGCUAAAUAUUUUAGCGAAAAGCUUGUUUGCACUAUUUUUUAUUUUUUAAUACUAUUGAUGACUGAGGUUUUAGACAACUUGUCUAAAUUUUAAAGCCAUUUCAGUGGGUCAUUUACCAACAUGCUGGCCUUUUACAAUUUUUUCCCUAGUUCGAAGCUCUAUAGAGGUUUCCCUUUCCAUAAUUCUGUAAGAACUGCUUGUGUUUCCCUGUUAUGUACCUUUGCAAUUUUGCAAUUAUGAAAUUAUUAACAUUGGUUUUUUGAAACCUUUUUAUGGCAGAUAUUUCCAAUAUUUCAACCCCAGCAUGAU